UCUCUUCAGCUCCAUUUUUCAUCGGACACUUAACCAAAUCGAAGGAGACCGAGCUCUGCGGAGCAUUUGGGUUGGCUUCGGUUGGUGGCCUCGGAGAUCUCCGGAGAAGGAGAAGCCAUGGGGGACUCUGCCCUUGAGCUCCAGGAAUCCGGCUGGGAGGAACUCCGGAAGGAGGCGCGCAAGAUCGAGGCUGAUCUUGACGUUAAGCUCUCCUCCUACGCCAAACUCGGCGCCAGAUUCACUUCUUCAUCAGGGUAUGUGGACAGUGGAUCACCAACUGUUGGAUCUGGCAGAUCAUGGAAGUCCAUGGAAAUGGAAAUCCAGUCUUUGCUUGAAAAACUGCUGGAUAUAAAUGAUGCCAUGAGCAGAUGUGCUGCAACAACAGUACCUACCACCUCCAUCACCCAGAAGCUUGCAAGGCACAGGGAUAUACUUCAUGAGCUUACUCAGGAAUUUAGAAGAACAAAAGGAAACUUGAGCUCCAUAAGGGAACAUGCAGAGCUUCUUAGUUCUAUUCGGGAUGAUAUCAGUGAAUCCAAGGCCUCUGGGAGCAUGUCACCCAGGGUACAUCUAUUGCGUGAGAGAGCAUCUAUUCAUGGAAGCAUUAAUCAGAUAGAUGAGGUGAUAGGUCAAGCUCAAACUACCAGAUCAGUUCUAGGCACUCAAAAGGCGAUCUUUGGCGAUGUUCAGGGAAAAGUGAAACAAUUGGGUGAAAAGUUUCCAGUAAUCCGUGGACUACUCGGUGCAAUAAAAAGGAAGCGAUCAAGGGACACUCUGAUACUCGCUGCAGUCAUAGCAGCUUGCACACUGUUCCUAAUCAUUUACUGGCUUUCAAAAUGAUGGAAUACAAGUUUCAUUCUUUCUAAUUUUUACCCCCUUUUUUUUUUCACCUUUUCAAGUAUAUUGUGGGAGGACGGAGGGGUUUUGAGAUUGAAGCAGGUGAUUCAUUGGCUGGUGUCCUCUUGCAAAUUCCUGAAAAUAAAUGUAUUCUCUGUAUUGAAUGUCAAUCUUGGGGAUGAUUUCUGUUGUGCUUUGUUUUUGCAUAUAAAAUAGAGAGGAUUUUUUUGUGGUU